AGCAAUCUAAAUAUAUGGAAAGACGUAUAUUUCUAUUCUAUGUUAUCUGAUACACAUUACCUUAAUUAACUUGCCAGUUUGACUUCUUCUUGAUGUUGUUAUGACUUAUUUUAGAUUUUCGGAUUCCUGCAGAUCAUCUUCGGGUGUUGAUGGUAUAGACCGGGAACCAUUGACUUCGUCUUCAUUUUCAGUUGAAGAUGAGUUAUUUUGGUUUAGGAGUCUGGUAUACAGCAAGUAUACCUUUUUAACUCGUUGCAGGCAUAGUUUCGAUAUCCUAGAUGCGCCAACAUUUUCCUUAUUCCAGGGUAUACAGCCUGUAAUAAGGAAAUACAACGAUCGAUUAGUUGAAGCUAUUUUUAGUGGUUCAGCCACAGGUUCUUUGUUAUCUACGAUAUGCGAGUGUUAUAAGAAAGAUAUCGAGGCUGUAUAUAAGUUACGGUCUCGCGCACAGCCUAUUAACUCGUUAACUUUGCUCUAUGAACCACCUAUUCGACAUGAAUCAGGCGAUCGUGCUGAAAAUGAUUUUACUACGAAUGAUGCUGAACACGCUUGCGGUGAUUCGGAAGGGGACUGGGCCAAAGACGCACUGGAGCACUCGUUAAAAAGUGUAUCUAUUAAGUUUACUGACGACCCGCAAUCGUUUUUGAUCAAGAAUAGAACGCAGCUUUUUUCCAAACUUCUAUAUAAUCCAGAUACGUCAUAUUACAAGGCCCUAUGCUCACAGCUUUGUCAUUUUGGGUUUUCUGUAGAGCCUUUGGUAUCUUUAUUUCAUAAGAGGCGGCGUCAAGCCGUCACUCCCUGCGAUGACAAUAUAAGUCGUCCGUUACAUCUAAGGCCUAAUGCUCUGGAUUCUAAGGGACGUACCAAUCACAUUGAUUCCACGGAUGUUCAAGAUGUAUCAAGUCGGUUAAAGUUAAGUUUCGAGUCCAUGAUCAUAAGGUUGAAGACCACAAUCACAUCGAGCACAUAUUCAUUCACGAAGACUGUAUUGGCUGCUGAUUCUCAGAACGACCCUGAGCUAUAUGACUUUUUAAAUAACCAUUUGAAAAGUUUUCAAGACGAUGUUCUACUAUGUCCCUGUGACUAUAAAAAAUGGACUCAUUUGCUCGUUUCGGGUUCAUCUUGUGAAAUAUCAGCUACUCUACGUGAAUGCUAUGAUGUUGUAUCGAAUCAUUUGGCAUUGAUACUGAGCAUUGUGCACAAGCACCGUCAUUCAUUUUUGUUCGAGCUUUGUAUUGACUUGAUGUUUUGCGUUGCUAUACGCCAUCCUAAUCCCUGUGAGUCAUUACAAUGUUGUUUGACUUAUUGCAAGACAUAUUUGAUUCCUGAUUUACGAUCUUUAUGUAACCAAAGUGAUUCAUCGGAGAAUGACACUCUACUUUGGUUACCUCGUUUAUCAGGUUCAUUUGACUGUUUAGCGGAUCUCGACUACUUUGCAUUGCACCACCCUUUACUUUUGAAUGGUCGUGAAUGUUCUGAUGGUGGCACUUGUGACAGGUUGUAUGAGACAUCGGUUCCGUUAGUAGGUUGUUACGUUUUGUCUUUGGACAUCGAGAUGAGUGACAGUGGUCUAUUUGAUGUUAAUGGUCCUGCUACUACUACUGAUUGUUUUCGUUUAUGUGUUCGUAAAUCAGGGGAUAAUCCAUCGGAUAUGGUAUCAUUCAUAUCGGAUGGACAUCAGAUGGUAGUUUUGGAUUCCUCAUUGGCUGUAAUAGACCUACAUUCUCUCAGUUGUUAUAGAUUCGAGUUUCUAUUUUACAAUGGCAAUCUGUUAAUUUAUCUUAACGGCACUCGAUUUUAUACAAAUGAACUCUGUGUUUCAUGGGAUUUAAACAAGUCUGUUGAUACGAUAUUAAUGACAUUUGAGUAUAACAGCAGAUGCUUGAAUGUUGAAGAGCCUUGGAAUAUAUCACCUGGAUUGCGUAGUGAAAUGAUAAAGCGUGAACUAGCUACGAAUGUUGCUUACGGCAAUAUGUCUUAUAAUGGGUCACUAUUUGAAUCGUUAUAUGAGCGUGCAUUAUUCUUGUAUCGUGUGACAACCACUUUUCACGAUAGUGCAUCUCGUAUAUUUUAUGCCUUUAAGGGAUUUUCUAGUGACUUACAUGGCUGGAAUUCUGAUUUCUUACGAUACGUCAGGUUAAUGUUUGAGAAUUUAUCCCACAUAUUUGAAUGCAUUAGGAUAGCUUCUGAUUACUAUGCGUUGUCCAAUACGGUGAAUAGUUUGACCCUAUGGCGUAUAUUGGCGCAGACUAUUCUAUCAUUAGUUUCGACGUUGCGGCUAUCUUUAAGUAAUCCUACAGCGCGGAGCAAGAUACCGGCUGAUUUGCUUGAUCUAAUGGCAUCGUGUUAUAUACAAUGUAUGAGGUUCAGACCGCUAGUCGUGAAUUCCACUGAAAUUGGCUCCUAUCACCUUCAAUUUGACAUUGACGAUUUAUCACACGCUAUAAACAUGACGGCUGUAUGUUUCGUUAGAUCCAAUGUUGAUAUAUUCACUCAAAUGUUUUCCAAACUUCGAUUAGAAGUAUUGUCAGAGUUGUUACAAGUGACUGUGGAUUUGAAUGAUGCGAAGCCUGAUGGUAUUGCAGGUAACAAUUAUAUUUUGAAGGCCCUAGAAUACCUCAAUAAUAGCGACUGCAUAAAGAUAUUUACAAAGCGUGCUUUAUUACCUAAUACAUCACAUUCACUUUGUAGAGGCUCACUAGGGGACAUUGAUUUUAAGAAUAUCUGGUGGAAUAUGAUUAAACGGCUAUUGGAUAGUGGAAGGCAAUAUCUAUUAAACAGUUCUCGCUCACGUGAUGUAAAUACUAUUCCCUGUACUGGCAAACACUCUAGCUCUAAUGAUGCCUUAUCAAGUCCCUAUUAUACAUGCGAUUCAUGUGUACGUUUUUUGCCAAUGCCCACCAGCUUUCGUAUUGGUCAAUAUAUGAACCGAAUAUCAGAUGCUGGUGAGGCAUCUCUUUCGUUUGUUCCACUGUUCUUAUGUCGACUGUUGCUAAAGCAUGGUGUAUUCUAUCUUUGUCUCAAUAUUUCGGAGUGCCACAAGGAGAAUAGCUCUGUUGUACUCCAAAAUCGUUUGGUUAAUACAACGUCGCCAAACACAAACAAGGAUCGUUUUUGCGACUGGAGUAAUGAUGUACUGCUUGAUGUUGCCGCUGAUUGUACCAAUAACGGCUUAUACAACACACAAAGAAUAUUUAACAAGGACAAUGUUCUUAUCCUGGAGUAUAUCAUGUCGCGGUUGGUCAUGAAUGUUGAAGUUGGAUAUACUCUAGCUGCAAAACAUCUUCAUGAGCUAUCAUCUGACUUAAUGAGUCCUUUCACCGCGUGUUUCUAUAACUUCAUCCAAGCUUUAUCAUUGAUUGAGAUAAUGGAUCACAUAUAUGAGCUAUUUGAGCGCGUGGGUGUUGCUGACGGUUACGGAUGGCAGGUUUACCGAAUUUAUGGCUUUUACAUUAGGUUACUGCCUGCGCUUCUCCAUGUUACAUUGCAAAUUUGGGUUUGCAUUAAGCGUUAUUCAAAGGAAUUUAAUGAUUUCUCUAUACCUAUGAAUUACGUCGUGCUUCAAUUCCAUUCACUAGUCUCCCUUUUGGGUAAAUUUUCAGUAGUUCUAUUUAAGCAUUCUCGUGGAUAUUCUAGGAGACAUCUUAAUGAUUGUCCUCAAGGUUUGUAUACUGAUACAUUAGCCAUUAUCAAGGGUCUGGAUAAGUCAGUUUCUGGCGAGGUUCCUCAAUGGUUACUACACGGUAGUUAUUUAUCCUUGGACAAUAAUGACGAUUUGGUUACCAGUUUGCGCCGUUUGAUCAAUUUGUUACAGGAUAUCAAUUAUGAUAGCGGUACUUUGAGAUGUGAUACUGGUCUGUUAUCGGGAUAUACAUAUCCCAGUCAUCACUGGGCAUCGUUGAUUAUGUCAAGUAAUCCCGAAGCCAUUGCUCGUUUGGGUCCCGGUUUCCGUAUUGUUCAUCCAUCCUUUGAGCGUUGUCAAUUGGGUAUACUAGCUGUUUUUAUCCAUCUACUUGGUUGCACGUAUAAUCAUAUCGACUUUAGUGUCCGUACGUCAUCUCAGGCCAUUCUACAGUUAUUACAACGCUUACAGACAAAGCAUUCAUUGAUAUUAUCCUCACUUAGUGAGGGACAGAGCAUGGCUAAUUUACGUGAGCAAUACGUGGAAGACAUUACUUCACGGUGUAGUUGGUUGAUUAACAACACAAGAUGUGGCAGUUUCCACUUAGACAAUGUACUUACUAUAGAAAAAUCAGUGGAUCGUAGCUCUAGAAGAUCUUUUUCGUCAUCUUGUGAAUAUAAGGUUGGUAAUGGGCCUGCUCAUUCCUCUGGUCAUAUGUAUACACGCUUGCGAUCUGCAGGACGGCGUACAUCAAGUCGCCGAUGUAGUACUACGGACGGCGGCAACAUAUCGUCAUAUACUCGUGUAUCGUUUUCUGACAAUCGAUCGAUUGAAAUAACCCCGUUUAUUGUGGAUAUUACCCGAUUUUUGCUUUAUGGACCGGAUAUCUCAAUUUGCAAGGCUGAUUUGAAUUCACAACGUGUGAGUACUGUUUGUAGGUAUGCCAUGUGGCUUAGUGUCCAGGUGUUGAGUACGCUUAUUAAUGACAUCCGCAUCGGGAAUUCAUCAGAGGAUCCCUAUGUAUAUGGUCGUCAACUUCUGGUUGACGUAGUAUGCGGACCUGACGUUGGUUCUGCUAUAUUAUGCUCUGAAGGUCUUCAUAAGGUAUGCCUUCACUUUUGGUCAAGCAUAGUCUCCACAUGUCGCGACAUGGUAUUGGUAUUAUCUUCAGAGGGUAUAACCGACCCAUGUCGACUUGGCUCAUUGUUUCACGACAUCAUAUUACGUUCUCAGGAGUAUGUAUUGGAACGCCUUUGUAGUUGGUAUUUAUCCUCUGGUAUAUGUAACAUGGAGCUAUCUAGUUCUAUUGGUCUCUAUGUACCAAUGUGGGCUCGUAUAUCACUUCCAUUUUUUGUUCUCCAGUACUCCUUGGGUCUAGAUCCUAUGGCUCAAAGUCGGUAUGCCAGUCCUAUUUUUAGCUAUCUGCUAUCGCUACUGCACCCCUUGGGUGCUAAUUUCCAAGAUGGCAGUAGUUUGAACUUUGGCGUUACCAGUGGCAUUGGGUCCAUUAUUAUGGUCUUCGUAUCCUACAUGGCACUGCAAACCUUUAGUAAUGCGGCAAUGGAAGUAUUCCGAACACUAUGGAGUUCAAAAUAUGUAAGGUACGAUGUAUUAAGGGUGCGUCGUGGAUAUUUAUAUCUCUGGGUUAAGCGCAAAUGUGACAUGUUAGAAUCCGUAUACAAUCCUGAGUUACGUUUAGAUUUGUUAUGGUCCACUAGUGUAUGUUCAUACACUGAUAUCAACUUGACUCAGCUGAGUGAUGCUAUUAGCAAUAUUGGCAAAGAGAGUUCAGAAAAAAAAUUUGAAGAUGUACCCAAUGAUAUUUCACUAUGGCACAUGUGCCCUACUACGGACUCCGUGAUUACGGAGGCAUCUAUGCUUAAUACGGAUAGUAGCGAACAAGGAUCUGGUAUUGAUUUACGUAACGACACUUUUCCCAUUUGCAUAAACGUUAUCUUAAGCAAAUGCGAUGGCAACUCUACUUUUGUAGAUACUGUUGCAAUACAGCAUUUGGACGGCAAGCUUGAAGUGGAUAAGGGUGGUUCCAAUUGGUCCGUUGUCAGUCAUGAUCCUGAUAUGGCCACUUUACACCCGUUGCGCAGCCAUUUACAUUUUCUAGUUCGAUUUCUACUUUGGGUUACGUUCAAUUCUAAUAUUUACAUCUGCACCGGUCCUGUUUCCACAAUAGAUACUGUUUCCUGUUUGGUUCGUCUAAUCCUUACAUAUCUCCGCGAUAACUGUUCGUUGUUAUCAUCCUUCAAUAGUUUGUGUGCACCUUGUGAAACUAUACCUCAAGAAGAUCGUAUGGCAUAUCGAUACACCUGUGCUAAUCUUGAGGAUGAUUGCAAUGACGUUACAUUCUCUGGUCAGUUUACUAACUGCAAUAAAUGCUCUACAAGCUUGAUAUAUCGUAACGAGGUUGAGUAUUUUUGGACGUCCUUGGUUACUAGGUUAUCGUCAGAAAUUAUCGUUACUAAGAACUACUACUUGGCGCACUAUGUUAUGAGUUGCAUCCUUUCUAGCUUCAGUCUAGGCUAUGGUCAAAUAGAGUCUUUAUUAUCAUGUUCUAGGUUGGGUCCUGCAUUUUGCGCUCUAUUCACUGCUUGUACUCGCAGAGCGUGUGACAAGUCUUUGACUGAUCACAGUGACGUGAUUUCCACUAUUGAGAAGGAUGUUGAUGAGUUGUUAUCACCUGGGUUGCAUGGUAUGUUUCUAUAUCGUUGGCUUCCUCCAUUGGAAAUAUGUCCUCGUGAGUAUGUUUUUAAUUCGGCAAUGAUGUUAUUUAAAACUGCUUAUUCAACUCCCGAUACCGAUUCAAAGGUGGGCACAACUGAAGAGGUAGACCCUUUUGCAUCAUUUCCUCAUUCUGCUGAAUUCGUCGCGCAUAACAAUUCUGCUGAUUUUGAAUCCGAGAUUACUGGUACAUCUCUUCAUGUAACUCGUGCUGGUGAUAUGGGCGGCAUUGUUCUAUUUCGUAUUCCUUUGGAUAUGGUUUCUACUAGUAGUCAUGGUAGUGUAAACUUUUUUAUAUUAUCAUCUGGUCGUUUUGGUAUAACUGUUGCUCCUGCGGAUUGUAUUUUUGGUUCGGUUACUGACUUAUUCGUUCGUAAUGACGUUGUUGGAUUUAUGACAUCGAGCUCGUUACCAUUUACCCAUGAUGUUUUUGCUGCUACUAUAAACUACCGUGUGGGUGACAUUCUCGCUGCUUCUUUUGCUAUUGAUCAACGUGAUGACGGUCAGGUUUGUUUACGUACUGAGUUAUUGAUUGGUGGUAACAGUAUAGGAUCAGUUCUUGAGGUUGUUUAUGACCCAUUUAGUCAGAGUGACCCCUUACGUCGCAUGAGUUUGGUAUUUAUAUUCCAGGAUCCUCAGACUAUUGUUUACAAUGGUUUUAGUGACACUCCUGCUGGUAGCAGUGGUCGUGUUGUGAGUCGUGAAACUUUGAGUACAUUCCGUAGUAAUACCGCUUCUGAUCACCAUGUUGACAUAUCACUAACUGCUGCUGAUGGUGUUUCAGCUACUGAAAAUGUAGUACGUCAACCUUCAAUUCCGGUUGCGCACCGCCGAACUGGCAAUGCAUCGGCUAACGAUCGCCUAACCUGGGCAGAAUUGAAUGAGUUGUCAAUUGAUCCUAUGGAUGACCGUCCAUAUAUUGAUCCACCGGAUAAAAUGCCAUCUGCCUUAGUACUCACCAGUGAUUGGAACGUUGGUUACGACGUACCACUGGACAGUGGUAAUACGUAUGACCAUUUGUCAAGGCUUUAUGCAGAUACUACAUGGACAGAUAUCCUCAAUCUCGAUCAUGGCUUGAUUGACAUUACAUCGGCUACUAUGUUUACGGAGUCUAUACAGCUGUAUCAAUCAUUAUUUUGGUCCGAGAGCAUUGAACUCAGUGGUUUGAAGCUUGAGUUAGUAUCCCAGAUGUGCAUUUCUUUUGAAUCGGUUUAUAAUUGUUUAUUAACUAAGGUUACGCCAGGCCCCGACGAGUUGAUAUUCAUUCGUAAAAGUUACAGUUGGCUUGCCGUUUUGGGUUGUGACACUGACAGCGACCGUUGGAAAACUAAUCUAGACAAUGUGUCUCGCACUGUUAUGAACUUCAAGCUUCCUUGGCUAUUAGGUUCUAGUUCAACUACUGAUUCAUGCUGUAGUCAGUUAACUGCUGAGAGUUGCCGCAAACUUUUUGAAUCCCUAUCUGAUCUGUUAUCAGUUCCUGCUAUCACAGAUAGUUUGUUGUAUCUGUUUAACCCGGAUACUUGUGCCAACUUAUCUAAGCCAGAAGAACUUGGUUCACGUGCUACCCUAUUAGCAUUUGGCAGUGCCGCGUUAUUAUGUUGCGUUAUUCUAGGCAAGGUUCUUGUUGAGAAGGGAUGUGUAUUUGACACCAUGGAUCCCAUGAGUUCAUUUAGUGACAGCGUAGACAAACUAUUCUCGCUGGCAUAUAAGCUGAUUGGUACCGGUGAUAUGGCUACGGGGAAUAUACCAGAAGAGAGCUUCUCUACGCUGCUAUCAAUGCUUGGGAUUGACAUUGGCGACGACAAUAGCGACCUGGAUUCAUUUAGUCUUAAUAGUCGUAGCGAGUCGAUGCCAAACGACGUCGCAUUAUACACGUUGUGGUCGGCUAUAUACAGAGCUGUUGAAUCCCGUCGUUUGAAUAUGCCUCAAAUGUGUUCACUUGACGGUAAGCGUAUAGAUCGUUUGGCUCAUAACAGUCGUAUGUUCGGUACCUUUGACAAGAACUUCCACAGUGGAAUCCGCAAUCCUGGAGCUAGUCGUCAUUUUUACCGACUAUCUCGUGGUGAUCAUAUUCUGAAGUCAGAUGUAUACGAUCUGUUGGUGAUUUUAGUAGCGGCAUGCCCCGAUUACUUCAUCGAUCGAUUGAUUAGCCUGGAAGACACUCAGUGUAUCGAGUUGAUCCGCUCUUGUAUUCAGCAUUUUGGCAUAUUUUAUGACCCCAAUGGACCGGAUUAUUGGCACUGGGUAUAUACAGCUCGUGAAGUAUCCGUUUCUGCUAUAGACCAGUAUUCAUGUAGUGUCGAUCCUUUGUAUUCUCUGCAGCGACUGCUAUACCUAGAGGGCAGUUCAUCGCACCUGAACCGUAUCCUGAACGUCCUUUACACCGAGCUUAUUUAUUGCGUGGCAAUGCUAAUUCACGACACAGAGUCUAUGAUCGGUACAUGUGAUGUCAUAUACUGGCUACUAGACAUUCUACAACGUCAUCCAUGCUGCAGCGGUUUAAUUAGGCGUAGGUUUGUCACUGGUUACACGUGGUCAUUGCUACAUCUACUAUUUAUCAACUGUUCUGCAUUACCCUGCAAGUUAGCCGUUGUAGCUUCAAGGUUAACAUAUUGGAUAGCACCCUCUGGCGACCGAUCACAGAUGAUAAUGACAACUCAAUAUUGCGCCACCAGUGCUUUACGUCGUUACCAUGGAGUAUGCUCAUAUUACAAUGUAUCUGAUCUAGAUUUCUUUACUAACUUUGAUUACUCAUCUGAGGAACAUGCUACAAAAUACUGGACAGCUGUAUUAAUCCACUCUUUCGCCACAUCACUAUCUAUUCUUAUGGAGUAUGGUUGUGAUCCUUACUUCGAUGUUGAUGAUAUGGUUGCUAUGGCUCAUUACAUCUCGGUUGGUAAAGGUUCUGGGAUUGGUAAUGACAAUUACAUGCGCCAUAUACUACAUAUUCCUGCUGAAUUCACAGUGUCUAGCUCUGUACCGACUCAAUAUCGUAUAGGUGACAGUGACACUCUGAUGAACCCCGUCUUCGUCAAAUCAUCUCGAUCUCGCAGUCUUUGCUUAAGUUUCAACGUCAAGCACAGGACUCGUGUUUUGUUAUAUCACGACCGUGAGUGUCUCCAUUUAAUUGGUGAAUCAGUGCUACAUCCUGAUGUCCAUUUACUUUUGAGCAAUGGCAAGCCUGUGUACGUAGAUCGUGGCGACCCACUACCAUUCAACAAGAUGCGACAGUUGUGUAUAGUGCCGGUUCUAGUGGUACAUCGUGAUGUUGGCAAUAUACAUUACGGCGCCCGGAUUCGCAUAGGUUUUGUUACCAGUGGUAUGUAUAACCUGACCACUUCGUGCCCCAAGGUACACCUAGAAGGUUGUUUAUUAUACGUGGAAAUUGAGGAAGACGUUCGGGUAUCCCAAAUGGUAUAUCGUGACCACGUUGUUUGGGAAUUCGGUUUGCAGUCGGUAACUAUAAAACUGCCGCAUGAAGCUGAACUCCUACGUCCCUAUAUAGUUGUAUUGCACCCCGACUUGGAUUACCAGGAAGACGUACUUGUAGCUCGUAGUAUGCUGAAUGUUUGUGUUGGCAAACUAUGUUACUGUAUCUAUUCACCGUCAUCCUUGUCUAUAAAGGACUGUGACAGUUACCGGGAGGUACAAUUACCAUUUCGUCCGGGUAUAUCCAUGAGCAACUGCUCCUAUUUGGCAGAUUCACCUUCAGGCAAGCACUUGGACAUGUUUGACCUCUUAUGUGUAUAUGACCAUUCUGGUAUAGUAGAUCUGGACUUGAUGUCAUCUCAUAUGGCUUUACCAUUUGUGGCGUCAUUACGUGUUCAGAGUUCACAUCCAGAUGUUUACAUAGGCCUCGAAUGGUUAGGCCUCAGGUUUCUAUGGUUUGCUAAUGGCACUGUCGAGGUUCCCGUUGACUGCCCAUUGUAUGGUUCCACUGUAGUUCGUACUCGUUAUGCUAAAUUCUGUGGUAUAGGAUAUGAUCGCGAUGACUUGGUAUCAUUACAAUUUGUACCUGGUCUGUUAUCACUACUAUUUAUACUAAACAACGACGUGCGUAUGGUACUAGACUUUCGUCGUUUUUAUGACCCUUUGUUGGAUUACUGUGAAAUAGGCCGCAUAGACUUUUGUUUAUGCAAACACGCUGAUUACCUGGAUAUCCCUAAGCUACAUUUGGAAUUGUUCAAUGCCAUUAUUGACAACAAGGUCAUGUGCGUACAUCGUAUAUUGAGUCAGCUCAAGUACCAUGAUAUAACACAGGCCCGCUCACUGCUUGAGGUACCAUUGUCUGUUAAUUAUCCUGGCGGCCCAUAUGACAAUUACAAUGCUUUGUAUGUAUGUUGCUUAUUGAAUCGAUGCGAGAUCUUACGUUACAUAUCACUGGUUCCAGGGGUUAACUUUGACAGUCCCUGUGGUUCAGGUUCUGAGAGUCCUUUGAUGGCUGCCGCUCGUCACGGUUGUACCAUGAUAAUAUCUUAUCUCAUAACACUCCACGGCGUUGAUGUCAACUAUAGGGACAGUUAUGGUAAUACUGGUAUUAUGCACGCAUUGAUGGAAUGUGCCAAUCACAACCCUGCUGCCGUGCGCAUUCAUUCCGUGCAACGAACAGUCCAAGUACUCCUGGCAUUUGGUGCUGACAUAUUAGUCCGUAACGGAGCUGGCUCCACGGUAUUAGAUUUAUUACCUUACCACCUCAAGGAUAUGAUACCUCUAUGUAAAUUUGUGAUUAAUCAGUACAACCUACAGCAGUCGAUGUACGUUGCCCCUUGUGCAAGCCACUUAUGGCCUGGUUUACUUGGUGGCAGUAAUUUGAUUUUUGGGUGUGAAGAUGCUACUACAACCAACCACUUUGAGCUGACCAGUUUAGUGAUUGACAAUAUUGACAUAUAUGCCGAGCCUCAUGCUUCUGUGAGUCAAUUUAAUGAGCUUCUUGGAUAUUUACCUGAUUUAUCUUUAAUCGAGCAUGGUUUGGAUAAUAUAAGGGAUGGUAUCAUUAAUGCUUGUCGGAGUAUUGGUUUAUCACUUCUAAUGCGUGCAGAUGGAAUAGGUCCAGGGGGCACCGUAUCAUCACCGCGUCCCGAUAUUCCUCUUCCUGUGGAUAUAUAUUUAUCUCCUGUUAAAAUCGAUACAAACAGCGACUUAAUUCACGGUCUACGAUCGGUUCUGUUAACUUUUGUGGAUGAGAUAAUGCAAUUUCGAGAUUGGAAGCUUAGCAAUGGAGUAUCUACCUUUUGCCAGCUAUGUACUGACUUUUGUAGGCAGUUGAGUACCAUGUCAGGAUAUCAUGCUCUAGUAUCAUUCAUAUCCUUCGAGCAUCGAGUAACUAAGUUAUUACAGCACAGUAUUUUUGGUGAGCAUUUAAAUAUCCCAUCAUUGCCAUUCCGUGAUCCUUCUGAUAACCGUAUAUCUAUUACAACUUUACAGUGGUACACUACAUUAUUAAGUGGCACCCCUCUUUUGGAAUGCCAGUACUCUCUCUUCACUACUGACUACCUUGCCCUUAGUUGUGGUAACGCCAUAAGUCGUUACCUCGACAACCCCGGGAACUCUGUCUUAGAGACGGAUACUGAUUACCCAUUACCCCUCUUUUCCAGUACCUGCAUAGACGUGGAAGUUACCAACGGGUUGUAUACAUUUGACAAAAUUAGGCACACGUUGAAUCGCAGUGUCUCCAAGGAACUAGACAUGGCAUUGCAUUCCAUAUCGGAUUUACUUAGUAAUUCAGGCCACUUGAAGCGCAAGAUAUGUGCUAUUGUAAUGCAGUGUGGCAAUACAACAGACUUGGCAAGUCGUUUACCACCUUUGGAUUCUCCGUUAUGGAAUGGGAUAUCAUUGGGCCUGAAUGCACUCGUCGACUCACUGUCUAAACUGAAACAGCUUGUUGUUGACCACGUAUCCGGCGCUGAACUAACUGAUGUUGAUUUCUCCAUGUUACUCCAUCAUCUUGCAUUGACAGUGGAUGAGAGUGCCGUCAAGGAGUUUAUUAUGGGCACCAGUUCGGGUAGUAUCCCUACAGCUAAACUUUCUGCUGUGGUUGAAAAGAUGCAAAUUGGCGAUAUUGCCAGUCAGGGCUCCGACGGUGAAAUGUUCAUUGUUAACGUAUCCGACAUGAAUGAUCCUAAUAGCCACAUACAGGACCCCUUCCUAUCACCAGUGACUUUCGCCAGUUGCAACAGUGUCAUUGCAGCAUUUUGCUAUCUUCUAGUCACUGACCGUUUACGUUAUUUGGAGCACGUCAAUUUAUGCUUUAAGUUUGUGGCUCCAGUUAUUGGCACUGUACUAAACCAAGGCAUAGUGGACUAUAGGCCUCUUCAGUAUCUCACAUGCCCAAGCCCGGAAAUAUUCUUUAGUGCGCCUCCAUGCUGGAGCAUAGAGAAUCUAAAGUUUACGCCCGAGAGUAUCGAUAACACAUCACAUGGUAUAUCCUUGGGUCCUCCACAGUUACCUGUCCAUUGGAGUGUUUACUUCAACAAUCGGUGUCUAAUACGCCGUUCCCUAAUAAACGAGAUGUACAGCAAGGUAUUUCUAUCGAGUCCAAAUGUGAAUCGUCAGCGUCCUUAUGUAACAAUUCGUGUAUCUCGUGGUUUAUCCAGUACCGGUACCGGGUUAAUGAGCACCUUGUGGUACCAAAGCUGUUAUCAGCUGCUUGGAUGUAACCCUGAUAUAUUACGUGCUCGUAAUGGUCAACGUCCUUUUAUGGUUGUUUUCCGUGGUGAAGGUGCCACUGACUUCGGUGGUCCAUUCCAGGAAUUACUAAGCUCAAUAGGCAAUGAGGUCAUGAGUGCGCUGGACACUGGAUCCCAUGAUAACGGAUGUGUCAAGUGUCCCAAUAGCACUGGAGCACACGGCCUAUUCCAGGAUACAGUCCUACUGAAGAGUGGCGGCAAUAUCCACCCAAUGUUGAGUAAAUUGCUUAAUUUACCGGAUCUAUUCAAGUAUAAUGGCUAUUGUUGUGAUACAUCGAUUUGGUGUUCAAGUGGUUGUUGUACUGGAUCCCAUGCUAUGGGCGGUACUUGUGUAUGCAACUUAAUGUCUAGGACAUGCCACCGGGAGUUCCCGAUAGAAUUCCCGAUGUAUGAGGCUCUAGGCCGUCUUUUUGCAAUGUGCGUCUGUAUGAUGAAUCCACUGAAUGUAUCGCUAAAUCCAGUUGUAUGGAAGAAAUUUCUAGGAGUAUCUUUAGGCUUACGAGACAUAUCAGAUUUUGACAAGAUGUCUGUUGACUUUUUACAUCGUUUAUCUGUAUCACCGGAUCCCGAUUUAUACAGUGACCUAUGCUUUACCUUUGCUGCUCCUGAGGGAGGUACUAUAGAUCUACUUGAGGGUGGCAGUCGUAUUGCCGUUAACCAAGAGAAUCUAGACACAUUCGUUCGUCUUGCAACCCAUUGGUUAUUGACCCAUGGUGAUGUAGCAUGUACCUAUUUGUUACGUGGAUUCAAUGCAGUAUUGCCUGUUGGUCGAUUCCGUAUGUUACUUGACCAUCGCUUACUGGAAUUCAUGGUUUGUGGUGACCCUCGUAUUGAUCUAGAGGUUUUACGUGGUCAUACAAUAUCGAGUUCUAUACAACUGAAGCGUGAUUUAUUCAAUGUCUUGGCUAGGUUUGACAAUCGGAUGUUGCAAUUAUUCCUACGUUUUGUUAGUGGCCGUUCGCGGCUGCCACAGAGUCAAAUUGAGUGGAACAUGUACGUUGAGUACGACCAGAUAAGGGACAAUGAGGAUUGCGAUCAGCGUUUGCCUACGGCGGCUACGUGCAGUUUCCGUUUACUUGUUCCUCGGUACUCCAGUACCGAUAUAUUAUUCCAGCGUCUAUCAUAUGCUGUACAGCAUUGUAUGGCUAUUGACCUUGACGGAUAUCAGGUAAAUGACGAUAUCAAUGACGCUACAAUGUAGCUUUGGCUUUAAGCUUCCGCUUACUCCGCUGUGCUGGUGU